GAUUACAGAGGAGUGUCACUACCAGCCGGGAGGAAGGUGUGUGUGUCUGGUGUGUGACAUGAAGGAGGAGUCCGUCUCCACUGUAUUUCCUUGAUACAUACAUUACUAAAUGCACCACGUCGCAUUUCGCGAACACAAGACAGCGACGUUGAGCCGACGGUAUUGACGCGUUGCCACUACGUACCGUUGUUAUCUCACUCCAUUAUUAUUAUUAUGCUGUCGGUGGGAAAGGUUCGGCUGUAGCCGAAGUUUCCCCUUUAACCUGUUUGACUGCGUCAGUGACCGCGAUGCGUUUCAACGAGAAGGAGAUGGUGUCCCUGAGCCGCCAGCCUUCAGAGAUGGCAGCCGAGCUGGGAAUGCGAGGGCCCAAGAAAGGAGACGUUGUAAAGAAGAGGCUGGUGAAACUCGUCGUUAACUUCCUCUUUUAUUUCAGAACUGAUGAGGAGGAGCCAAUUGGAGCUUUGCUGCUGGAGCAGUGUCGGGUGGAGAGGGAGGACACUCAGGUCUUCUCCAUUGUAUUUCUGGAUGAAGCAGAGAGGAAAUAUCUAUUUGAGUGUAACUCAGAAGAGCAGUGUGGGGAGUGGGUCGACUCCAUUAUCAAGGCCAGUUACGAGUUCAUGAGGAAGAACCUGAUAUUCUAUCGAACUGAAAUCCACAGGCUCACUGGCAAGGACCCCUUGGAGCAGUACGGUAUAUCAGAUGAAACUCGCUUCCAGGUCAACAAUGGCCUGCAACUUAUGCCUCGGGAUACAUCCUCCUUGUAGACCAGAGACCUGUGCCCAGAUGUACAUUUCCUUUCAUUUUAGUUCGCCCUGCCAUUCCAACAAUCCUCAAUGGUGUGAAAACCAUGGCAUUACCAUAAGCACACCUUGUUUUAGAUCUUCACUGCUCUGAAUGUAUUUAGUGGUGCUCCAGACUUACAGAGACAUUCUUAUGCACAUGUUAUAAUACAGUAUCUGCAGCCAUGCAAAGUAAUGGGUUGAUAACGCGAAAUCAUAACAGGCAACACAGGACUGUUGAACUUGACAAUUUGUUAUUUUCGGUUGAGGGGAUUUUUCAAGCCAUUUUCUGUAUUUUUUUUCAGACCUUUUCUUGGUUACUUGUUUGUCAGUACAACACAUGUUUUAUACUAUGUUUUCUUUUGGACAUACUCUAGUGUUAGACGAUGGGAUUUGUCAGCGUCUGAUUGUAAUUCUGCUGUAGAGCUGAGGCUGUGACUUUCUUUUAGGACGCUUCAUAAUAUGAGCAUGACUGGGUUUAACAAGAAUCAAAUCUGGACAUAUGAAUAAUGUUAAUCAAGUCAAUGUAUGCUGUUUUAAGAAGCUGAUGAUUAUUGCCCAAUUCAGUUUUUAAACUGCAUGGGCCCUUUUGAUCUGCUGAGUUGAGCCACCCAUUUUACUUCAGUUUUGUUUUAAGAUGGAAUUGUAUUUUUAGCUAUACCACUAUAUAUUUAUCAUCUUGCCCAUUUAGACUAUUCAGUUUUAAAAACUAUACUUUUGCACAUAUUACUGGGUGUUGAGGGUUUUCUUUUUUAGAUUUCCAAUAAUUUACUUGAAAGUACUGUAUCUUUUCUGUGGCACUUUGAAUCAGAUUCCUUGAGGUAAGCUGAUGGACUGGGCUCUUGACACCACUUUUCACGAGCAGUCCAGAGUCCACCCACAAACAGAAUGUGUCUUUAAUUUUAAGCUUUUGCACAUGAAAUGUGUUUAGUCUGUUUUUACAUCAUGUCAGAUUUUGUGUUUUCCUUGCAUCCCUUUUAUACUAAUAAAACAAUUAAAAAGAUACUGUAAA